UAUUAAAAUACUAAUUUGUUCAUAUUAACCAGAUCAUCAAGCGUAUCGAACCGUUUAAAAUGGAUCUGGUAUUACAUUAAAAAGGCCAGAGGCGUGAUCGCCGCCGUCAAGAAUUUAAUAUGUGAUAUUUAGCUUCGAUUAGCUAAACGAACGAGUCGAAAUGCGGAAAGUUUUUGUGAUUUAUGUGGUAGUCCAACUGUGGCUAGUUUUAAUAUUGCAUCCCAAUAAUGCUGCGCUACUUAAAUUUACAAAUGCGCGCUGCCGUGUUCACAACGCAAGCUGGGUCAAAGUAAACCUUUGUCGGCUGAAGGCAUUAAGUCGUAACAGGACAGUAUUUAAUUUUAAUGCUACCAUGUUAUAUCCUGCGUAUCAAAUAUGGAUGGAUGCUCAACUUCUGAAGAAGGCCAAUGGCUAUAAGCCCUGGCUUUAUAAUGCAUCCGCAGACAUUUGCCGGUUCCUCCAAAAACCGUUUAAUCCAGUAAUUAUACUAUUCGUAAAAGCUAUACGGAACUACACAAACUUUAAUCACACCUGCCCCUCUGUGGGUCCCCUAAUUGCUAGCGGACUUCAUAUGCCGUAUGAAAAGUUGGGAAUUCCGUUUCCAACUGGAGAAUAUCUUGUCAAACUAGAUUGGUUUUAUCACCAUAGAAAACAAUUGUCAACAGAUUUUUAUUUUUUGGUUGACGAAGGUAUUCUGAAUACAACGGUAAUCCCAAACAAGCGAUUUUGAAAAAAAAAAAAAACAGUUAUAUAUAUAUAUUAGUUAUAUGUGAGUAAACAAAAUCA